GUGGGGGAACACAUAUCACUAGGGAUAUGUGUUUCUCAGGUGGGGGAACACAUAUCACUAGGGAUAUGUGUUUCCCAGGUGGGGGAACACAUAUCACUAGGGAUAUGUGUUUCCCAGGUGGGGGAACACAUAUCACUAGGGAUAUGUGUUUCCCAGGUGGGGGAACACAUAUCACUAGGGAUAUGUGUUUCCCAGGUGGGGGAACACAUAUCACUAGGGCUAUGUGUUUCCCAGGUAAGGGGAAACAUAUCACUAGGGAUACGUGUUUCCCAGGUGCGGAAACACAUAUUACUAGGGAUAUGUGUUUCCCAGGUGGGGGAACACAUAUCACUAGGGAUAUGUGUUUCCCAGGUGGGGGAACACAUAUCACUAGGGAUAUGUGUUUCCCAGGGGAAACUCAUAUCACUAGGGAUAUGUGUUUCCCAGGUGGGGAAACACAUAUCACUAGGGAUAUGUGUUUCCCAGGUGGGGGAACACAUAUCACUAGGGAUAUGUGUUUCCCAGGUGGGGGAACACAUAUCACUAGGGAUAUGUGUUUCCCAGGUGGGGGAACACAUAUCACUAGGGAUAUGUGUUUCCCAGGUAGGGGAACACAUAUCACUAGGGAUAUGUGUUUCCCAGGUAGGGGAACAAAAAUCACUGGGGAUAUGUGUUUCCCAGGUGGGGGAACACAUAUCAUUAGGGAUAUGUGUUUCCCAGGUGGGGAACACAUAUCAUUAGGGAUAUGUGUUUCCCAGGUGGGGAACACAUAUCACUAGGGAUAUGUGUUUCCCAGGUGGGGAACACAUAUCACUAGGGAUAUGUGUUUCCCAGGUGGGGGAACACAUAUAACUAGGGAUAUGUGUUUCCCAGGUGGGGAACACACAUAUCACUAGGAUAUGUGUUCCCAGGUGGGGAACACAUAUCACUAGGGAUAUGUGUUUCCCAGGUGGGGGAACACAUAUCACUAGGGAUAUGUGUUUCCCAGGUGGGGAACAUAUCACUAGGGAUAUGUGUUUCCCAGGUGGGGGAACACAUUUAACUAGGGAUAUGUGUUUCCCAUGUGGGGGAACACAUAUCACUAGGAAUAUGUGUUUCCCAGGUGGGGGAACACAUAUCACGAGGGAUAUGGGUUUCCCAUGUGGGGGAACACAUAUCGCUAGGGAUAUGUGUGUCCCAUGUGGGGAAGACAUAUUACGAGGAAUAUGUGUGUCCCAUGUGGGAGAACACAUAUCACUAGGGAUUUGUGUUUCCCAGGUGAGGGAACACAUAUCACUAGGGAUAUGUGUUUCCCAUGUGGGGAAACACAUAUCGCUAGGGAUAUGUGUCACUAGGGAUAUAUGUUUCCCACUAGGGAUAUGUGUUUCCCAGGUGGGGGAACACAUAUCACUAGGGAUAUGUGUUUCCCAGGUGGGGGAACACAUAUCACUAGGGAUAUGUGUUUCCCAGGUGGGGGAACACAUAUCACUAGGGAUAUGUGUUUCCCAGGUGGGGGAACACAUAUCACUAGGGAUAUGUGUUUCCCAGGUGGGGGAACACAUAUCACUAGGGAUAUGUGUUUCCCAGGUGGGGGAACACAUAUCACUAGGGAUAUGUGUUUCCCAGGUGGGGGAACACAUAUCACUAGGGAUAUGUGUUUCCCAGGUGGGGGAACACAUAUCACUAGGGAUAUGUGUUUCCCAGGUGGGGGAACACAUAUCACUAGGGAUAUGUGUUUCCCAGGUGGGGGAACACAUAUCACUAGGGGAUGUGUUUUUCCAGGUAGGGGAACACAUGUCACUAGGGAUAUGUUUCCCAGGUUGGGGAACACAUAUCACUAGGGAUAUGUGUUUCCCAGGUUGGGGAACACACAUCACUAGGGAUAUGGUAGGGAACACAUAUCACUAUGGAUAUGUGUUUUCCAGGUAGGAGAACAUAUAUCACUAGGGAUAUGUGUUUCCCAGGUAGGGAACACAUGUCACUAGGGAUAUGUGUUUCCCAGGUGGGGGAACACAUAUCACUAGGGAUAUGUGUUUCCCAGGUGGGGAAACACAUAUCACUUAAUAGGGAUAUGUGUUUCCCAGGUAGGGGAACAUAUGUCACUAGGGAUAUGUGUUUCCCAGGUUGGGGAACACAUAUCACUAGGGAUAUGUGUUUCCCAGGGGAAACACAUAUCACUAGGGUGUUUCCCAGGUGGGGAACAUAUCACUAGGGAUAUGUGUUUCCCAGGUGGGGAACACAAUAUCACUAGGGAUAUGUGUUUCCCAGGUGGGGAAACACAUAUCACUAGGGAUAUGUGUUUUCCCAGGUGGGGAAUGCAUAUCACUAGGGAUAUGUGUUUUCCAGGUGGGGGAACCCACUAAGGAUAUGUGGGAGGAACACAUAUCACUAGGGAUAUGUGUUUUGGGGGAACACCACUAGGGAUAUGUGGGGAACACACAUCACUAGGGAUAUGUGUUUCCCAGGUGGGAGAAUACAUCUCACUAGAGAUAUGUGUUUCCCAGGUGGGGGAAUGCAAAUCACUAGGGAUAUGUGUUUCCCAGGUGGGGGAAUGCAAAUCACUAGGGAUAUGUGUUUCCCAGGUGGGGGAACACAUAUCACUAGGGAUAUGUGUUUCCCAGGUGGGGGAACACAUAUCACUAGGAAUAUGUGUUUCCCAGGUGGGGGAACACAUAUCACUAGGGAUAUGUGUUUCCCAGGUGGGGGAACACAUAUCACUAGGGAUAUGUGUUUCCCAGGUGGGGGAACACAUAUCACUAGGGAUAUGUGUUUCCCAGGUAGGGGAAUGCAUAUCGCUAGGGAUAUGUGUUUCCCAAGUGGGGGAACACAUAUCACUAGGAAUAUGUGUUUCCCAGGUGGGAGAAUACAUCUCACUAGAGAUAUGUGUUUCCCAGGUGGGGGAAUGCAAAUCACUAGGGAUAUGUGUUUUCCAGGUGGGGGAACACAUAUCACUAAGGAUAUGUAGUUCCCAGGUGAGGGAACAGAUAUCAGUAAGGAUAUGUGUUUCGCAAGUAAGGGAACACAUAUCACUAGGGAUAUGUGUUUCCCAGGUGGGGGAACACAUAUCACUUGGGAUAUGUGUUUCCCAGGGUGGGUAA